GGGUACCAUCCGAUUGCAAUCCGACCUGAGGAUCAACACAAAACCGCCUUCCAGACCAGGUACGGUCUGUACGAGUUUGUGGCGAUGCCUUUGGGUGUUUGCAAUGCUCCUGGCACCUUUCAGCGCUAUGAAUCGGAUAUUUCAUGACUACUUGGAUAAGUUUGUCAUCGUGUACCUCGAUGACAUACUUGUUUUCAGUAAGACUGUCGAGGAGCACGUUGCACACCUGGGUAAAGUCCUCAGUCUCCUGCGACAACACAAGUUCAAGAUCAACAGUGAGAAGUGCGAGUUUGGCCGCACCCGUGUCUUGUACUUGGGUCAUGAGAUCUUCGCGGAAGGGUUGAAGCCCGAUGACGCGAAGGUGGCCAGCAUUCGUGAUUGGCCACGUCCUCAGUCUGUGACUGAGAUGAGAUCUUUCUUAGGGAUGACAGGCUACUAUAGGACUUUCGUUAAGAACUAYAGCAUAGUGGCCGCUCCUUUGACUGAUCUGACCCGCCUUGACACCCCAUGGGAGUGGACAGACGAGUGCGAGGCUUCUUUCAGACAUUUGAAGCAUGCCUUGACGCACUACGAGGUCUUGAAACUUCCCGGUCCUGACAAGCCGUUUGCAGUCACCAUGGAUGUCAGCCAAUAUGGCAUUGGCAUCAUGCUUGCACAGCAGGAGGGGCCAAAGUUGAGGCAUGUCGAAUCUGAUUUCUCAAGUGCGCUGAUAACUGAGUUCGCACUCACGGAUGAUGUCACUCGCUCAUUGGUGGAAGCCUACCAUGAGGACCAGUUUAUGUCAGAGAUCAUACGCAAACCAGAGGCGAAGGACAAAAAGACCUCUGCCAAGUUUGAGUUGGUCAAUGGCUUGUUGUUCCUUGAGAAGGCAGGGAAUAAACGAUUGUAUGUUCCCAAUAGAGAGUCUUUGCGUAGUUUGUUUUUAGGCGAGUGUCAUGACGCCACCGGCCAUUUUGGGUAUAAGAAGACCGCAGCUAACCUGCUGCAGCAGUUCUGGUGGCCCACGAUAAUGCGAGAUGCCCAGCUGUACGUUGAGACUUGCCAGGUCUGUCAAAGGGACAAGCCAUGUACUCAGGCUUCUCUUGGGCUCCUCAAGCCCCUUCCGAUUCCGAAAAGGCCUGGUGAGAGUUUGUCCAUGGAUUUUAUAAAUACAUUAAUCACCAGCAAGAGUGGGAUGAGACACAUCUUCGCAAUCGUGGAUAAAUUUAGUAAGUUUGCUAGAUUGAUAGCAAUGUCGGAAACAGCGAAAACUAAAUACGUGAUCAAGUUGUUCAAGGAGCACUGGGUCAGGGAUUUCGGGUUACCAAAGUCCAUAGUAAGUGACAGGGAUGUCCGAUUUACAAGUGAGUUGUGGAAGGCCGCCGCUGCAGUACAGGGCACACAGUUGCAGAUGACUUCUGGGAAUCAUCCAGACGCCAACGGCCAAGCCGAGCAAUUGAAUCGCGCUGUUCAACACCUGGUGCGGCAUUACAUCAAGCCCAACCAGGUGGACUGGGAUGAGAAGCUUGCUCUCAUCGCCAGCCUGUACAACAACGCGGUACACAACGCUACCGGAGUGAGCCUGGACAGCUUACUACUGACUUUCAAGCCAAGACUGCCCCUAGAUUUUCUCUUUCCUGAGAACUAGGCAUCUGCUGCACCAGGUACCUUAGAAUUUGCUUAUAGGUACGAACAGAAGAUGCAGCAGGUGAUAGAACAAAUGCAAAAAGCACAA